AUGGCCUCCGCACUUCCAACCUUUCCACGAUUGGUUUUUACCGUCUUUGAGCCUAUUUCGCUUGCCGCCGGCUUCCUUGGGGCUGUUAUCAACCCAGAUUGGUUCAUAUCCGAGCAGAUUUCCCCGGCCACAGUGACUAGUCUACCAGCUCCGCCGUCCGAUAAUGAUCGCCUUGUUGCUCUCCAAUUAGGCAACAUAUACCUCCUCAUGGCCAUGGUUGGGCUAGCCGUACUUGGCUCUACCAGCGAGGUCAAGGUGGUACGAAACUAUCUAGUUGCUUUAUGGAUUGCCGACCUCGGUCACAUAUACACGAGGGCGAAUCGUGGUGCAGCGGACCAGCUGGACGACACAGCUCGGGCAGCACGCUUGACGCGUCGUCGUGCUGGCGCCGAUAACCACACGGAACGCGCCCUGCCAACAGCGAGGUCCACAAAAGCAAAAGAGAAGCAAGUCGCCGUCUCUUCAAGCAACCCCAACGAUAGCGAGGAUGAGGUUGAUGACGAGGAGCUGGAAGAAGAAAUUGUGGCCAGGGGGGAACCCGUUGCUCGUUUUGGCGCACCAAGAGGGGUGACGGUUAGGAGCAUCAGUCCGCCGCCUCAAAGCGAAAGCGACAUUGGAUCACAGAGCGUGACAGGCACUCAGAGAUACGGCAACCCUCACCUUGCGCAGUAUACCCGCUUUUCGAGUGAGUUCUCCCUUGAAACUUACCCUGACGACAUCAUGCUCAUGUUCUCUCAGGCAUCCCCAGGCCAGCCGACUCAUCAGCACCCAGAGGUCAAGAAAGAACCUCUAUUGGAGGAGAUAGUGGACGACAAACCGGAAGAAGACAGAAGGCAAGGCACCGAUCUCGACGAUGCGGUAGAAAUUAGGGAGGCGGCACUCGACUCCCUGUGGAGCACAACGGAGUCCCUUGCGAACCUCCUCUUCAACCCGAAAACAGAAUCUCGUGCCUGGAAGUCUCUACUUACAAUCCAUCGCCGCAACUGGUUUAACAUCCAGACACUCUUCACCGACGAGGACCAGGAGCUGCUCAUAGAUCUGCCGAAAGUCUUGGGGGCCCUCGAUGAGCAGUUUCAUUCAAAAGGAAGAGUCAUCAUCGCUGCGGCCAACGCAACGGCUCUGCAAAAUGAACUCUUAAAGAUUGCCCAGCGCAGCGGCGACCCGCUCGCCCUCUGCAAACGAAUCCUGCAGCGCCUGGACCAGGACUUCCCUGCACCGUUCCUUCUCAAUUUACCUGAGAAUGCAUUUGAAGUCAUCACCAACGAGCUGAUCGAGCUAGGCCUUGACAUCCGCACGCAAAGACUUGCUAUGGAGCUGAGAGAUCUGCCUAAUAACGACGACAUGUUGCCAGUUAACCAUGCGGCCCCUUUGUUCUGCGCUGUAGAAGACUUCGUGGACCCGAAGGAGGCGCUCCGCCAUGGGCCCUAUGAGGCUGUCUGCGGCGGUGUAGAAUCUUCCCUUGUCGCGCAGCGGGCGAAGGAUAUUCUGCGGCUCAUUGAGAACAAGACCUCCGUUGAGGCGGCUACGGCUCUGGACGAAGAAUAUCCGUUUGUAGCCAACGACGGGGGCGGGCUUUCCAUAAAGCUGUCGCAGUGGACCCGCGGUAUAAUCAGAGGUGCACAUGAGUUCUUCAUGGAAGUGUCGGCAGAGCCCUCAAGGGCUUCGUCGCCUGCCGAAUCCCUUGCAUCGUCUGCGCGACGGGAAUUUGUUCGUAAAGACGUGCACGACAAUCUCAUGUCACGGUCAACAGUCCACCACCUUGCAAUGCUCAGCCGACAACAGCGGCCCUCUCGGCUGACACAUUCACCCUCGCUCACUCCAACACCACAGCGUACAACUAUCGUUAGAGAAGAAGAUGGCGAGGCUGCUCUUCAAGCGUCACCGACGCCUGCUACUUCCACCGCCGUUGUCGCUGCGGACGAUAAUGUUUACGAUCCUGGAGACCAAGACGACGACGAUGACGAUGUCGACGACAACGACAUUCUCAAGAUCAUCCGCAACAAAUCACGCCCGCCGCAAUCAUCAGCCACCGCGCCGCAAUCUUCCGCCCCGCGCCCUCAGCAACGCUCGGGCUUCACACCGGUAAACGGCGUCAAACGCGUCCACGACUCCCAGUCCCAGGUAUCUGACGACUUUGAGCUCGACGCACGUGAGCCAGACCCCCAACGCAGAGAACAGCUCGACCGCGACAGGCAAAACAUGCCACCACCCUCACAACGGCCUCAAAAACGCCAGCGUCUGCCCUCCCGCCCCUCGCCCCCACCCGCUUCCUCUUCCAGAGCGCCCCCGCCGUCCUCCUCCUCCUCAAGGAGAGAAGAAAACGGCACAUCUCCAUCGCCCUCACCCUCUUCCUCCCUGAUAAGCGGUGAUUUCUCCUUCUCCCAGAUCCGCGAACAGAACCGUCUGCCCCCGUCCCGGCCCCCCGGCACGCAGCAACGCACGCCUUGGUCUGACGCCGACACGCGCCGCCUUAUACGUCUCAUCGAUGCCCACGACUGCAGCUGGUCCAAGAUCGCCAAGCGUCAAGACCCGAACAACCGCAUCGGCGAACCCGGCCCGGAGGAUAAGGAAGACUGCGUAUUCGACGUGCCGCGCGAUCAGCAGGCUAUCCGCGACAAGGCGCGCAACGUAAAGGUCGAUCUGUUGAAAGCGGAUCUCUGUUUGUACCCAGGCUUUAACAAUAUCGCGCUCGGUAAGAAGGAACGCAGCGCCCUCAUCGCCCGCGGCAAGAACCCUGAUCGGAGGGAAGAGGACGUCGACAUUGAGGGUGUGCCUAUUAACACCAGGUACAUACCCGAGGAUGGAGAGAGCUACCCGUAG